AUGGGAUUGUGUUCUUCAAAGGACCCGCCGGCUCCGCCAGCACCCGAUGUUUCGGACAAGCGGACCAAGCAGCAGACCGCCGUGGGCCGGUCCGCUAAGGAGACCCUGGACUCCUCUAACUGGGUAUCUGAAAAGAACCAUCAAGACUCACAGCAACAGCACCUCGCCACAACCGCCAAUCAGAGCCUAAGACCAGGGCUGGCUCCCAACUCGACCGCUCAGUCCAGGCAACUGUCCUCACAGACCAACAACGGCAUCAUUCAGCCCGUCACGGGAGACAAGGAAGUGAAGGUCUUGUUGUUGGGUUCGGGUGAGAGUGGUAAAUCCACCAUUGUCAAGCAGAUGAAGAUCUUGCACAAGAACGGAUUCUCCGAUGAAGAGCUCUAUGAAUACAAGCCGUUUGUGUUCAAGAACGUGCUUGAUUGUGUCAAGAAUGUGGUGAACGCCAUAAUCGACCUCCAGCCUGAUUUGAUCGCCGAAAAGGGCACUAGCGAGGACGACUUGGCCGCCAACAUUGCAGGAACAGUGGGCCAGCGUAAACACAUCUUGCGCUACGACGACCUCAACGAGAUCUUGGACUAUGAGGUUUCGGUUUCCUCUGAAGAGCCUUUCAAUCCCUCUGUGGCUGCCAAGAUCAAGGAUGUCUACAACAUCAAAGAGGUCCACGAUUUCAUGGAGCGUGAGCAAGGCAAAUUCUACCUCAUUGACUCCACAGACUACAUGCUCAGUAAUAUGGACAGAAUCGCUGCCCCUGACUAUGUCCCCAACCAGGCUGAUAUCUUGCGUACACGAAAGAAAACGUCGGGUAUCUUCGACUUCCGUUUUCAAAUGAGCGGUGUCAAUAUGCAUAUGUUCGAUGUAGGUGGCCAGCGCUCAGAGCGCAAGAAAUGGAUCCACUGCUUCGAUAACGUCACGCUAAUAAUCUUUUGUGUGGCUCUUUCCGAAUAUGACCAGGCGCUUCUAGAAGAAGAUUCCCAGAACCGAUUGGAAGAGUCCCUUACGUUGUUCGACUCAGUGGUCAACUCGCGCUGGUUCUCGAGAACUUCCAUUGUGCUCUUCCUCAACAAGAUCGAUGUCUUCGCAAAGAAAUUGCCAUUUUCACCUUUGGAAAAUUAUUUCCCAGACUACAAUGGCGGUGACAACAUCAACAAGGCCGUGAAAUAUAUUUUAUGGAGAUUUACACAGGUAAAUCGUUCAGGCCUUAACAUCUAUCCACACGUCACACAGGCCACAGACACUUCAAACAUUCAACUCGUGUUUGCCGCAGUGAAGGAGACAAUAUUGGAAAAUUCUUUGAGAGACAGUGGUAUCUUAAACACCUAA